AUGAACUUCAGAUCAUUUUUCGUAUGUACAGCUUACCGUCCACCUGGUACUAGUUUAUCUUGUUUUGAGAAUGAUUUCAGUGAAACCUUGACGUCAGCUUUGUCCUUUAACAAACCUAUCUACAUCCUGGGAGAGCUCAACUGCAAUGUCCUAGAUACGAAUGACCCGGGACACCGCUCUCUUUUAGAUUUUUGCACUUGUUUCAACCUGACACAGUUGGUUGAUAAACCCACCAGAAUUACUGAACAUUCCCGUACAUUGAUUGAUGUAAUCCUUACCUCUUCAAAGAAUAAGAUGAAGCAAGCGAAAGUCAUCCCGAAUUCAAUAAGCAAUCACGAUGUGGUUAUGUCAACCCUGACCCUGAAGAAGUGUCGUCCAAAGCCCGUCUAUGUCUCUGUCCGAAGUUUCAAGAAUUACAACCCAGAGGCCUUUUGUGAGGACAUAUAUAAUGCUCCAUGGUCCGUCAUUAACAACUUUGACGAUGUCAAUGACAGUUUGAAUGCUUUUGAUGUGUUAUUUAAUGGGAUUCUUGAUCAACAUGCACCAGUCAGAAAAGUUAAAGUGAGAGUUCGUCCACAUCCCUUUGUUACAGAAGAGAUUCAAAAGCUGACGAGAACAAGAGAUUGUUGGAGAAAAAUAGCUCGGAAAAUUGGUGAUCCUGUUGUGUGGUGUACUUACAGGGACUACAAACGGGAUGUUAAACGGAAAUUACGUCAAGCACAAAGAUCGUAUGUGGAGCAGGAAAUAAAGAAGCACCCAAAGGACACAGGCAAUAUGUGGAAAGUAAUUCGAACAUGUAUUCCCAAGAAAACUACUAGAAAGAAGUCAUUCAGUAAUGAUGAUAAAUCUGUCACAAAUAACUUUAACGAAUUUUUUACAGCUGUCGGUUCAAACACCGUCAUGAAAAUUAAAUCACUUGCUAAAGAAAAUAAUUACACUCCCUCCCAAUUACCAUUUGCCCCAACCAGUUACACCGAGUUAGAUCAGUUUACCUUUGAACCUGUGGAAUGUUCCUUAGUAGAAUAUAUUGUGAAGUCAAUGCUUGAUAAGAAGGCACCAGGAAUAGAUAAAGCGUUAUCAAGGACUGUCUUCCCGUUAUUGCACCACGGAUUACAUCCAUCAUAAACAAAUCGUUAGUCAACAAUAUUUUUCCAAGUGCUUGGAAAAUUGCUGAAGUAAUCCCCAUUCUGAAAGAAGGUGAUCAUGAGCAAGCCAAUAACAACAGACCAAUCUCCCUCCUACCCGUUCUUUCUAAGGUAUGCGAGAGAGUAGCACUCAAUCAACUAACCUCCUACCUAACCAUCAAUCGUCGCCUCUCUGUGCAUCAGAAUGGCAACAAAACCUGGCACUCAACGGAAACCUCCCUCAUCCAUUCCACCGACUCCAUUCUCAAAGCAAUCGACCAGAAGAAAGUCACGGCAGUUAUUCUUUUGGACACGAGUAAAGCUUUUGACAGCAUUAAUCACAAUAUACUUCUUGCUAAAUUGGAGGAUGUUGGCAUUUCAUCUCCAUGCCUAACUUGGUUUAGAACUUAUCUGAGCGAAAGAUAUCAAGCAGUACGCAUAAAUUCUACUCUAUCUGAGAAAUUGCCAGUGGUUAGUGGUGUCCCACAAGGAAGUAUUCUCGGUCCAUUGCUGUUCAGUAUUUAUGUCAAUGGUCUACCGUCUGCCACUAAAACAUGUUGCUCCGAAUCGUAUGUUGACGAUACUAAACUCCUUCUGUCCUUCCAUAUCAAUGACUGUAAUGCUGCUCUGGUUGAUCUGAAUGAAGACUUAAUUAGAAUUCGAAAUUGGUGUUUCGACAACCUGCUCUUGCUCAACCCAGGCAAGACCAAAUUGAUGGUCUACGGAAGUCGUCAAAUGCUUGCAAGGCUACCUGAAUUUAGACUCUCACUACACGGUAAAGAACUAACACCUGCUGCAACAGUCAAAGAUCUGGGAGUUACGUUUGACCCAAUCCUAUCUUUCGACAACCAUAUCCUUUUCCACCGUCUCAUCCUGCAAAUCAAGCCUCUGUCAGAUAAAUCGAGCUAA